CGCACGAGCACGGCAACGUCGCAUGCAACACUGGCAUCUAUCGCUGAUAAACGCUCUCAUUGGAUCUUCGUCUGCCGCUCUGUAACGAACCCUCCGUUCUACACAAAUCUUCGUUCGUUUUUUUUUUUUUAUUUCACGUGUUUUCAUUAACGUUCGGAAACUGAUUUACACAAAAGUAUAACCCAUUGGUGUGCGCUACGUUGUCCAGUGAACGGCCGACGAUUUGUGCGGUCCGCUAGAACAUCGAAAUCGAAGUAUAACACGCCGUAGUAACGGGCGGCAACGACGGUUUGUCGUCGCAUCGUACCGUGCCGUGUUUCGGACGACGGUGUUCGUUGGUUCACAAAUCGUUUUCCGGCGAUCAUCUAAACUUAUCUUAACUGAUGCGCCAGUCGCCUAUGCUGCCGUCGCCACCAUCAUAACUAUGGCUGUCACCGCUACUGCUACCACCGCUAGUGCAACUAUCACUACUGUCGCUAAUACAAUUACAACUACCGCCGUUUCUCGGGAUGCUGUUACAGUCCCUAGGUCUCCGAAUGUUACUCACUCCACAGCGUCUUCAAAAUUGGAUUACUCCAACUCGGCUGCUGCCUUGUUGAUCAAUGAAAUUUCCGCAGCCAAUGACAAAAAUGAUGACGCACAAAAUCAACAGAAGCCUGAAGCUGUUGCUGAAACUUCUACAGCCAACAGUAAACCUCUAAAUGUUCUCAAUGAAUCAACUUCUAUAUCUUUUUCUCCCAUUAAUGAGUUAACAAUUGGUCUAAAACGAACUUUAUCAGAUGAUAUAUUAGUCAGUGAUAAGAUUAAAAAAUCUAAAUUAACUGUUGAUAAUAGUAAUAGUAAUGAAAAAAUUGAAGUUUCCACCUUAAUUCAUAGAAAUAACCCGAAAGAGAAUGAUAUUAAAGUUUUAAAUAAAAAACCUAAAAACAUAAAUACAAUCAAAGAAUCAUCUCAUUUAAAUAAAAUAUAUGAUUCUUCUGUUUCUAAUGAAAUUCCUAAAAAUAACAGCGUUAAAGAUAUCCCAGAUAAUCAGAAUCAUAACAAUACUAAUGACAUUAGUUCUGACAAUCAUAAUGUAUAUUCUCCCUAUAAAACAUCUAUUUGUAAAAAAGUUGAUGAUAAAAAUCAAUCAAGUAAUAUAUUUAUUAAUACAUCUACAUGUGGAGUAGAAAUAAUUAGUGCUGGAUCAGUAUAUGAUAGUGAAAAUGAUGAUGAUGUCAAUGAUAAUAGCUCUUUACUGAAUAGUUCAUGUUCCGACAAGUUAGUAAUAGUAGAGAAUUCUGAUCUUGAAGAUGCUGAUAACAUUUCUCAGUUUAGAGAUAAAAUAGAAUCAAAUGUCAAUGAAACAUCAAAAACAGAAAGUAUUCAAGGGGCAAAAGAUAUUGAAGAUGUUGAAUCAGAUAGCAAUUCUGAAUCAACUAAUCAAAAUGUUGAAUUAAUACUUGAUGAAAAAGAUGUCCAAAAUGUUUUGAAUGGAAUUAGCGAAAUGGCUGAUAAUGAUUUUCCUUAUUUAUUGAAAUGUUUUAAUGAUAAAAAUAUGACUUUUACUCAAUUUGAAAGUAUAUGUACUCAAAAGAUGCUUGAAGUUAUGACUGAAAAAUUAGGUAAUGGUAGGCACCGAAAAGAACUUCAGAUGAUUUUGGAAAGAGAGAAAAUUUGGAGGACAAAGUUCUCAACGUUAAAUAGACAAUGUAAAGAACUCAAAACUAUUGUCAGCAUGCAUAUGAAUGAUUUGCGUAACAAUCCAAAUGCUAAACCACAUGUAAUUACAAGGACUGUAGGUUUACAAGCAGUAUUAACUCCAAAAAAGGAUAGUAGUGUUCAGUCAUCAAAAGUAAAUAUUGCUUCUACUUCUGUACAGCAACAUGAGGAACCCAGUGAAGCUAUCGAUAUUACUAGUGAUGAUGAAAAUGAUGUCAUUGUAUUAGAUAAAAUAAAAAAUCCUAAACCAUCAUGCUCAAAAAAUGUUGAAUGUGCAACUAAUACAACUCCUAUAAAACAAAAGCCACGUAUUACAAACGAACUACCAAUUAAAUCAGUUCCUCCUGCUGUACCUAUUAAUGAAGACAAUACUGUUACUAUUGAUCUUACUGAGGAUGAUGAUAUUGAAGUUUCAAAUGGCGUAAGUUUGGAUAAAUCACCUAUCAAAAUUGUACGACAAACUACUUUGAAUCCAGGAGUAUCACCAGGGACUUUACCAGCACAACUGACAGCAAAGCCGCCACACAUUUUGCCAAAAAAUAUAACAUACAUAGAAAUACCCAACUUAUCAAAUUCAAGUUAUAUAGGAAAUACUCAAAUAGCAAAUGCUACAAGCCUAAGCUCUAUGAAUAGGGAUCCUCAUAAAAGAUCUAUUUUUUAUAAGGUUGUGGCUUCCAAUUUAGUACAACAACCCGUAAAUGUUGGGCAGACAUUAAAGCCUGUACAGGUUGGAUCGACUUUGAAGUCAGUACAAGUUCAACGUCAUUCUUUAAACCCUGUUAUAAAGUCUGUUAAGCCUGGUGUUGCUUUCACUACACGUCCGGUAUCUGCAUCUAAAUCUAAUGGAACAUUACAACCUGUACCUCCUGCUAUUCCUAUAGAAAAACAUCCUGCUCCAUUGCCUAAUCCUCCAUUACAAAGAAAUGUUCCUACAUCAAAAAAAAUUCCACCUGCACCAAGAAUGACCCUUGCUAAAUCUCCAGAUUCAAAAGCAUUAGUGCUUUCUUGGAAUAUGAGUCUUAACAACACACAUGCUGAAAUUUCUGGUUAUCAAAUAUUUGCUUAUAAAGAAUCACCUACAGAUAUUCCUAGAAGUGAUCUUUGGAAAGAAAUUGGAAACGUCAAUGCUCUUCCUUUACCAAUGGCUUGCUCAUUAACGAAAUUUGUUGCUGGUGAAAGAUACCAUUUUGCAGUAAGAGCUAAGGAUGUUUACAGUCGUGUUGGGCCAUUUAGUGUAGCACACUCUAUAUAUUCAUCAUUUUAAUAUGAGUUUUAUUUGCAUUGAAGGCUUUAACAGGUUUAGUAGUAUUCUAGAAUAUUUGUUGCAGUGUAAUUAUUAUUUUUAAGUAAUUUUUUUUUAACUACUAUGACCAUUAAAUAAAAAAAGAAAUUAUAUUAA